AUGCCCUUUUCGGGCGGAGACACUCAUGCACAUUCUCUCGCUCGCUCGCUCACUAACACUCGCCUGCGAGUCAAAUUGUUUGCAACGGUAAUCAAUGCGGUCCUAGAGCUUCUACGGCCAGUGCUGUCAUCCGCUGGCGCGAUCAUGCAGCGUAACUACAGUACCUUCACAAAAAAUGAUAUGCCGGCAGGUCCUCCCGAUUUGCUCGAUAUCCCCGGUAAACGGGCUACGUUCACUUCAGGAAGUGAGGAAGAGAUUCGGCUUGGUUCAAGGGUCACAUUUAAUGACCAAUCUGUGAACAUUGAGGGCGUCGAGUUCCAGUUGAACGAGGCUAAUAACCACACAGUUACAUUUCAUGACGAUGAGAAUGCCCAAAAACGAGAACAAUGGGACAGUAAGACACAAUUUUACAUGGGUGUUAUUAGCUACGCAGUUGGUCUUGGUAACGUUUGGCGGUUUCCAUAUUUAUGUCAAAAGAAUGGUGGAGGAGCUUUUCUGAUUCCUUACGUAAUCAUGAUGAUCCUGCUUGGUUUACCACUAUUUUUAAUCGAACUUGGUAUUGGACAACGGUUACGAACUGGACCAAUGGGAGUGUGGAAUGCGAUUCAUCCAUACCUUGGAGGACUUGGAGUAUCAGCAGCUGUUGUCUCGUACCUUGUUGCACUUUAUUAUAAUGUUAUUAUAACAUGGUGCUUGUAUUACCUCAAGGAAUCGUUCACACUUCAUCUUCCUUGGGGAGUUUGUCCGGUUGGAGAAAAUGGAACAAUAAAUCGGGAAUGUGAGAUGUCAUCCUCCACUACGAUGUUUUUCUGGAAUCGGCAAGCACUCGACACAACUGGAAGCAUCGGCGAAUUAGACAGCUUUAAUCCACACAUUACGAUAUCGCUUAUUGUGGCUUGGACAUUGAUAUACCUUUGUGUGAUGAAAGGGAUCAAAAGUAGUGGGAAGGUAAUGUAUGCGACAGCAACGUUCCCGUACGUUGUGACGACCCUCUUUCUUAUUCGAUCCGUUACACUUGAUGGUGCAAUGAAAGGACUAUGGCAUAUGAUUAAUCCUGAUCUUCACAAACUCUACAGUCCUACCGUAUGGCUAGAAGCAGCUACACAAAUUUUCUACAGCAUGGGUUUAGGGUUUGGAGGUCUGAUUGCAUUUGGUUCGUAUAAUCCGUUAAAAAAUGACUGUAAAAAAGACGCGAAAUGGUUAGCGCUUUGCAACGUCAUCACGUCACUAUACACUGCUGUCGUUAUCUUUUGUGUUCUUGGAUAUAUGGGACAUAACACAAUGAAUACGUGUAUAGAAAAGGACAUGGUGAUCAUGCAAUCAACAUUCCCAGACAAAUUCGCAACAAUUGAUGAUGUACGGAAAAUGUUCACACAAAAACAGUACAUCGAACUGAUGGAACAGAAAUUUGCCGGAGAAUUCAGCAAAAUGGCUGAACAUUCACAAAUGUGCAACUACGCCACCAUUAUCUCUGAGGCUGCUGAAGGUACCGGGUUAGCAUUUGUUGUAUUCACGGAAGCGAUCCUGAAAUUCCCAUUUCCACCAGCGUGGUCAAUUCUAUUCUUUCUAAUGCUUCUUUCUCUUGGUCUCGGGAGCAUGUUUGGUACUCUUGAAGGUGUUAUCACUUCCCUCAACGACUCACAUCUAAUUACCGUUACAAAACCAGUACUCACUGCUGUGUUGUGUGCUUCAGCAUGUUUGAUCGGAUUACUGUUCUCCACUAGGGCCGGACAGUAUUGGGUCGCAUUAUUUGACUCUUUCGCUGGUUCAUAUGCUCUCAUGUGCGUAGCAUUCUUUGAAGUAAUCGCUGUGGUAUAUGUCUAUGGAUAUCGACGUUUUUCUCGGGAUAUUGAAUUCAUGACCGGAUCUAACCCCGGUCAAUAUUGGUUGAUCACAUGGCGUUUCGUUGCACCAAUUAUCAUGGCGGUACUCUUCACCUGCAGUGUUGUUCAGUGUUUCUCUAAAGCUACAACUUAUUAUACGUACGAUAAGGAGACGGCAAAACAAGAGGAAACAGAAUAUCCGAUUUGGGCGAUGUUCAUUGCAUUGCUUAUGGUUCUUCUUGCAAUUCUUCCUACAUUUAGCGUAUGGUUCCUGCGUUACUUCAAGAUUUGGAAGCUUGAAGCUGACAUCCCAGCGGCUUCUAAAUGUUUGGGUACAACGCAAAGUACAACGUAUAUGUUGAAGAGCGAGCAAAGCUUCAACCGUAUGACGGAAUCAAAUGUUUCUGUGGCAGAAAUGGAGCCUAUGCCAAUGACUCGCUCCUAG